UAUUUACCAAAAAAAAAAUGCUACGAGUUGAUUGAAAUUUAAAAAAAAAAAAAAAAAAAAAAAAAACCUGUGGUUGUAGGUAGGUGCCACGUGUUGGAUUCAAUCUUGAUGACAUGGCACCGCACCACCCACUAGUUAUCUUUACCUACAUUCCUUUGAAGAGAAAGGAUAAGCCUUUUUCACGUCAAUAAUCGAUAAUCCAAACAAAAGUCUAACAGCUCAGUAAAGACUGACUCAGCCAUGGCCACCGCCCACCUCUCCUUCCCACUACGUCUCCCCCACCUAUCCCAUACUCCGUCUCACUGCAAACCCACUGGAUUGUUCUCCGUUUCCACUCGAAGCCGGCUCGGCUUUAGGCUUCCAGCUAUGGGUGGUGACAUGUUGGGAGAUUUCGGUGCCAGAGACCCUUUCCCGGCCGAGCUGGAAAGCCAAUUCGGAGAGAAAGUUCUGGGCAACGUUAGCACUGAGCACAAAAUCCUUAUCCCCAAUUUGGAUGCUCUCUCUCUCGCCCAGCAACAGUGUGACCCCUAUGUCUCUCCUAUGCAACCGCCCAUGUCAGAGGAUGAGGCUACGAAACUUCUCAAGAAGGUUAUUGGUUGGAGACUAAUAAAUGAAGAAGGGAAUCUCAAACUACAAUGCUUAUGGAAGUUAAGAGACUAUCAAUGUGGUAUUGAACUUAUCAAUAGGAUAUACAAAGUUGUAGAAAGUACAGGCCAUUUUCCAGAUCUCCACUUGGAACAGCCUAAUCAAAUUAGAGCUGUAUUAUGGACAUCUUCCAUUGGAGGAUUGAGCAUGAAUGAUUUCAUUGUAGCAGCCAAAUUAGAUGAGAUAAAAACUUCAGAUCUUGCCCCUAGAAAAAGAGUUUGGGCUUAAUUCAAACAUAUCAUAUCGCAUUCACCCAAGACCAAGAGACAAAAUCAAUCUGUAAUGUGAUUCUUCAGAAGGAAAAGGAAAAUUUUAGUUUUUUUUUUAUUAUUAUUUUGCUAAAGAAAAAAAAAAUGUUACUGUUAGUAUUUUUUGAAAGUAGUGUUAUUCUUUUGCUAUUUAUUUCUCCUGGACUCAAAA